GAACAGGACGACGAACAGGAAGAAGACGUCGAAAUGGACGCUCCGAGCCAGCCAAUAGAUGAGGAGGAGGACGACGAGGAUGAGGAGGAAGAGGAAGAAGAAGAAGAGGAAGAAGAGGAGGAGGAAGAGGAGGAAGAAGAGGAGGAGACCAAGGUGGAAGGAGAUGAAUCCCAGCUUGCCACAGCCAAGGAUGAUGUUCUAAAGGAAGAUACAGACGAUGCGGAUAUAGCCAUGGAAGAGCCUCGCAAGGACGAAGAUCUGAGGGGUUCGCCAGCCAGCGACGGCGAAACCAAGCUCAAGGCGACAAACUACAGAGAUAAGUUGCACCUCAACGCUCAGCUAGCUAACGGCUACGAGUACACACCAACCGUUGCUGUGGCGCAGAGCACUGCGAUUCAAUCACUUGCACUUUCGGCUGGCCCCAAGUGGUUGUUUACGGGUGGUGAGGACGGGUUUAUACGGAAAAUCGACUUUAUUGGUACGAUUGAGGGUAAGUCCCCGUUGACGGUGGCGCAGCGACACUCGCUCGUGGACUCCAUCGUCAACGCCGGGGUCGUCACGUCGUACUGGGAAAACGAACAACCGAUUCUUCGCGGCAACCUCGCGGAUACUGCCACAUACGAGCCGCAGGUCUCGCCCGUGUACUCUCUCGCAGUGGAGAGCAACGCGUUGUGGCUAUUGGCCGGGCUCAGGUCCGGGGGUAUCACAUUACAGACGGUACGGCAUUCUGAGGGAUCCAUCCAGCACUACUUUAGCAGACACAAGAGCACUGUCAGUGUACUAAGCUUGGAAGGAGACGAAAAGAGUUUCUUGUCUGGCUCGUGGGAUAGCAGCAUUGUGCAAUGGGACUUGAAUACUGGAAGCGAGAUCAGGGACUUCAGCGGCGCUGGGGGCCAGAUAUCGAGCAUCAAGCACAGGCCAACCGGUAGCACCGCGUUGGUGUUAGCCCCAGAGGAUAAUGCCACAGAGGAAAAGAAGGAUGACGAUCUUGAUUCGUUAUUCGGCGACUCUGAUAAGGAGGAUGCCAGCGAUGCAGAGCAGGUGAAACUUGAGAGCGAGGACAAAACACCCGAAGAUGUCAAAGCGGCAAUGGAAUCCCCACAGUCUGUGAGGCUAGUGGAUCAGAACAUCUUCAUGUCGUCAUCUAUUGAUGGGGCCAUCGAUAUCUGGGACAUCCGUACGAGCCAGCCGGUCAUCCACUAUGCGGUACCCAAGAACACCCCGCCGUGGUGUAUGAGUGCGUGCUGGUCCGGUGAUGGAGAGUUUAUCUACGCUGGGAGAAGAAAUAGCACCAUUGAGGAGUUCUCGUUGAAGAUGCCGUUGAAGCUGAACAUUCCGAACGUGACCAAGACGCUAAGAUUCCCACUGGUCUCUGGGGCCGUCUCCACUGUCGAAAUCAUGCCCAACAACACCCACGUUUUGUGUGGGUCGCAGGAUAAUGUCCGCUUGUACGACUUGCGGCGCCAUCUGGGCUCCAAGAAGACACCGUUUUCGAUCAUUCCAGGGCACCAUGGCGGGGUCUUGUCGACGCUCUACGUUGAUCCGACGUGCCGCUUCAUGAUUAGUGCGAGUGGAAACCGUGGCUGGCUGGGUGUUAGCACUGAGUUGUUGUUAGUGUACGAGAUUAAUGUUCUAUAGAAGAACAGAUUAGAUGCAUGAAAAAAAUAGAGUAAUGUAAAGGGAAUGUGGGAUAUAUCAAAUUGCGGUUCUAUCCUGAGUAUAUCCAGGAGGGAGAAUUCACAAAGGAAUCCCCGAGGCUAAGCAGUGAUAAAAUGGUAGGUAGGUGUGAAUACUUGUUAGAAUAGAAAUAUAAAACUCC